CGUGGGUAACUUUAUUGUUGGUUUUGUUUAUAUAUAAUGAGCGUAAACGCCGUUCACAUUGCUCGAUUGAUGGUUAAUUGAAUUACAAAUUAAAUUUAUUUUUCAGUAUUUGCAGAUAAUUUUUAAAUAAACGACUUUUUUAAAUUGAAAUUGUUUAAAAUUUUUACUAGUGCGUUCUGAUACAACGGAUAAGCCGGUGAAGUCAUUUUCACACUGCUUUUUUACUUACUGAAGUGAAAGUCGGUAGGCAGCGUAGUGAAGAAGCGUUUUAUUUAUUUUAUAGAUUGACGAGUCGACACUGAGCUUAUAAUUAGUGUCAGGUUGGUUACUUCUAUAAAAAAUACUAUUCACUCUGCAAGGUUCAAGAAUAUCUUGGGUAUAAUCAUAAAAUAUAAAUUAAAUUGAAAAAGUGAAUUAGAAAUGCCAGUCAAAAUUUUUGUGGGGCGCCUAUCCGACGGCACGACCAAGGACGAUCUACUGCCACUGUUUAAAAAGUUUGGUAAUGUCGUAGAAUGCGACGUCCUCUCAAAUUUUGGAUUUGUCCAUAUGGAAUCUGAAGAAGAAGCCCAAGUAGCAAUUGCAGCAUUGGAUGGUUACAAUGUAAAAGAUAGUCACAUUCACGUUGAGUUGUCGACGGCAUCCACCCAAGGUCGAAAAAAAAGAUACGAGCAAAAGGGACCACCUUUCGGUAGGCCACCAUUCAACUCUGGCGAUCGUCAGCACCCGUACUCACGUCAUGGAUCUUCUGGAUCGUACGAUCGUCGUGGUGGAGUCCCAUCGCGUCCACAACAGUCGCCAACGUCGCAGAGAGAAGAAUACGCGAGUGAACAAGUCAAGGAUCUUUUGGAGCUGUACUUUCGCGAUCCAUACGCAUUCGACCAGUACGCCAAGACGUAUUAUUAUGGCGAGCGACUCGAGCGUUUGAAUGCAAGUAACAGAACUUUCGAUAAUAAAAGAUCGUCACACGAAUGCCAGCAUUACUUAGCUAGCAAGAUGUUUUUUGAAGAGGCGGAGAGAUCGUUCGAUGUCAGAACAUUCACGACAUGGAUUGACUCGACGAAGCAUCAUUCUUUCACCAUUUCCAUAAUUUAUAUGUUUCUUAUUUAUUUAGGACAGAAAUUCAUGCAAAAUAGAAAACCUUACUCACUUAGGUAUAUUUUAUUUUUGUGGAACGCUUUUUUAGCCGUUUUUAGCAUCACCGGGGCCUAUCGCUCGUUUCCGGAAUGGAAAAAUAGUUACUUCAUCAAAGGCUGGCAUUAUUCAAUAUGUGAUAAUAGUUUUUAUGAAGAUAAAAUAACAGCACUGUGGGCGUUUCUCUUUGCUGCCUCCAAAUUUGUUGAACUCGGGGACACGUUUUUUUUAGUUUUUAAAAAGCGACCAGUGAUAUUUCUUCAUUGGUACCACCAUGUUACAGUCCUGAUUUACUGCGCGUACUCCUAUUCUGAUCAUGUGUCAUCUGGCCGAUGGUAUGGAGCGAUGAAUUACUUUAUUCAUUCAAUAAUGUAUACUUAUUAUGCUAUUACUGCCCUUCGAAUUGUAAGGAUGCCCAAAGCAGUCAGUAUCAGCAUAACCAGCCUACAACUCGUUCAAAUGGUCCUUGGUCUCGUGGUAACAGUUUCAGUUUUGAAAGCCAAAUUAGAAAACCAGGAAUGUGCUCAGAGUUUGAUGAAUGCCAUCUUAGCCUGGCUCAUGUACUUCAGUUAUUUUAUAUUGUUUAUACAAUUUUUUUAUGAAGCUUAUGGCCCUGGUAGUAAAAAAUCCUCCCCAGACAAGCCUGUCAAAUGCAAGGCUGCCUAG